CCACGUGCCGUAAGGUUGAUCUCACGUGAAAAUAGACUUCCAUCCAUCAACAUGGCUUUGCCCUAAAUUCCCAAAUUGCGGACAGUGGCGGGAAAUCGAGAGUUCUCUCGAGAGGGAAAACCCUGCUGAGUGCCAGCAGCCGUGGUCGAUCCGACGCCUCUCUAUCACACCCAACGGAAGAUGGCAGAAAUCGAAACCCUAGGCAUACUCGACGAAAUUCAAUACAUCGUCUCCGAUAAACUUCAAGUGGUGUCCUACAAAUGGCUUAGUCGAAAUUUUUUGGUUUCCUCUGAUGCUGCGAAAAGGCUGCUGCAAGAGUUUGUUGAAAAGUAUGGGAAUGGUUUAGAGGUGAUUUACACUCUCUCUGGGUGGUUGAAGAACAAUCCUUCGACUUACCAUAUAAAACUUGUUUCCAAGAAUAAGCUUUCAGAUGCAAAGCAUGAGUUUAAUGGAGAUUGCUCCAUUCAAGUCUAUAGUGUGCAGGCCUCUCUUCCCAAAGAUCCAGCUACACUUUGGAAUCAAGAAUUUGUUCAAGCUGAAGACCUCUUCAAGCAGCCUCAAACAGCUGAUAAUUGCUUGCGAGAUAACAGGUUCUGUGGAGUUUCAAAUUCAUUUGUUAAGCGAGUUUCUGGAGAGGCAUCUUCAGGCAGUAGACCCAAUCAAAUAAAGACUGAAGGAGCCUCGGAUUUGUCUAAAAGUUAUUCUACUCAGACAGCUGAGACUGUCCCACAACCUUUACAGAAAAAAGUUCAGCAGUCAAGCCCAAAUGUUAGCGGCAUUGGUAACAAUGUAAAACCUGAUGUGAAGCUUGAACAUGGGAAAGGCAGCCAAAAUAAAGAAAAGAUUUCUCCUUCGCUUCCGAACAACCAAAAGGGCCAGACUGAAAAAAAACCUUCUGGUACUGGAAAUUCUUUGGCUAACAUUUGGGGCCGUGCAUCUGCGAAGUCCAAACCUGACACUCCUUUAGCGCAAGCUGACAAUUCCAAAGCAAACUCUAUUGCUAGUGCAGAAGGUCAAAUUUGUGCUCGUGAAUCAGCUGAAUGUGGGAGCAGCGAUGAAGAAGACCGAGAUUUCACUGUACACAGAGCUUCUAAUGCUGAAGGCAGUAGAAAGAGGAGAGUUGUAUUUGAUUACUCAGAUGAGGAAGACGAGUACCAAAAUGCAGUAAAUCUAGCAUCACCUGAUCCUCCGAAAAGAUCUACCCCUCGUUCAGAUAGUUUAAAAACAUCUGGCCUGGAGAACAGCUUAGGUUUUGAGGAGAAUGAAAAUAAACCAAUGAUUAAUAGAACAAAUGAAGAUGAUGCAGGAGCUAUCCAACCUUUGGGAGAAAAAGUUUCUGCUGCAAACAAGGACAAGCAGGCCAAACCUCCCACUUCAGAGAAGGCCACAAGCCAUGUUCCCAAAAUAGAGGCUAACGUGAAAGACACCGCAGCUGAUGCUGUGCCUAAACGAAGAAAAGUGUUAAAGAAGAGGAUUGAUGAACGUGGAAGAGAAGUUACUGAGGUUGUGUGGGAGGGUGAAGAGCCUGAUAGAAACACCAUCAGUAAUUCUUCAAAGACUUCUGAUACCAGCUCAGCGAGCAACACUAUUCACAGGCCACCAGUAGCUAGAAAAUCACCUGCAAUUGGAAUCGGUGCUCCUGCAAACCCAUCAGGGAAAGGUGGAAACAAAAAAGGCGGAAAUAAGGAUCCAAAGCAGGGGAAUAUCCUAUCAUUCUUCAAGAAAGUUUGAGGUAAUGAAGGUGUUAUUGAUUCGCUGCGGUAAGUGCCAAUUUGAUAUUGUAAAAUCUCUCCUUAAUUUUGUAAGUAUGAGUUCACUUCUCUUGCUGCAUUUAGUUCAAAUCUGUCGAAUCUGAAUCUGAAUUGAUGAGAUAUUACUGUUUCCAUCUCAAAGGGAAACUUGGUCAACUUUUUCUUUUUUUAUUAUUCUGGA